AUCGCAGCCUUCAUGGCGUUGAUGGCUGUGUUCUUUCUUUACCUCAGCAACAAGCUGUCAGUGGAGAGUCCUGACAACUUGUCACAUCUCAGUGGCUAUAGGAACAGCCAGCCAGUGCCUCUGAUUAGCUAAUCUAGUGGUCAGCGUGGCGACGGGAUCCCCGGCUGAGAGAUGGCCUUCUUCAAGAGCUUCCAGCACAACCUGCCAUCUGUCAACAUUUCCUCCAUCUUGGACUCAGUCACCAGUCGUGUGGAUGACCUGGCCAAUGCUGUCAGUGAUGUCACUUACGCUGUCAGCGACCAACUGACAGAGCAGGUCACCACUAUCAUCAACAAGGUGGACGAUGGGGAAAAUAGCAGCACCCAGGAGGCCGGUCAGACUUGCACCGCACAGGAGGGCAAGGCCAGCAAUAAAAGCAUGUGGCAAAUGUCUAGAGACUCAGACGCAGGCAACGCAACCUCGAAGACCAACCAGGCCAGUGAUACCACGGAGGCUGAGCAUGCUGCGAGCCAGCUGGAGUGGGAAUGGAGAGAUGGAUGCUGGCGGGUGAAAAGGACUGAAGCAGAGUUAGCAGAGGAAGAGAAGAGGAAGAAAGAGGAGAAGGAGCUUCAGGAGAAGAAAGAGCAGAGGAGAAAAGAAAGGAGAGAGAAGCAGCUGGAGAAAGAAGCCAAGACACAGAAAAACAAGGAGGAAUCCCAAGAUGGAGAGCAAGAGCAGGAAACAGAUAAUGUACCAGAGAGAAAGGAGAGUGACAGUGGAGACCAAUCCAGUGCUCAGAAAAAAGCUGAUGACUGCGAUGAACCUCCUCAGUCACCUAGUCCAGAGACUGAAAGCAGGUUAACGAAACAGAACAAGCAAAAAGAAGAGGGAGAGGAAGAGGAAGCAAGAGAGGACAGCCUCGAGAGAGAGGGAGAUGAUGAGGAGGAGGCCGAGCUUUCUAGAUCUUCCACAACAGUGAAAAAGAAAAAGUCAGACAAGAAGAAAGGGAAAGGAGCGAAGAGGGGUUCAAAGAAAUCAGAAGAAACCCCAGAUGUGGAGAAAAAGAAGGAGAAAGGGAAGAAAACCAAGAAGAAAAAGAAAAGCAACCAAGAGGGAGUUUUAUCAGACAGCGAAGAGGACAAAGGGCCCGAGGCUGUGGCCCAGCAGAACACAACCUCUGCGUGGAGCAACAAAUGCAAACAGUCCACCGAGCAGGGAGGCUACAGCAGUGAAGCCUCCAGUGAACGGGCCAACAGCAUCCAGAGAAUAAAGAAAGAUUCCUCCCUCAAUGAGCACAAGCCUCCUCCGUACCAGGAUGAGGGCUCGGCGGCGCGUGUGUCCUCUCGUUCCCGCUCGGAGCGAGGGGUCAGAAGGGGGUCGUCCCCACAGCACUGCGACAGCCCCCGGUGCUCCAGUGAGGCCAGUGUGGACCAGGACACUGAGAGCUACCUCAACAAAGGCUGUGAGGAGGACAUACCCAGUGACAGCACCGCUGUCCUGGGACCAGAGGACGGCUCUGGUCCUCAGCUCCCUACGGCCUACGAGCCAGAGGCACUCGGCAAAUACGGCACACUGGACGUCGCCUUUGAGUACGACUCCAGCGAGCAGUAUCUGGCUGUCACGGUCACCGCGGCGACAGACAUUCCUGCUCUUAAACAGACGGGAAACAUCGCGUGGCAGGUCCACCUGGUCCUGCUGCCCACCAAGAAGCAACGGGCCAAGACCGGUGUGCAGAAGGGCCCGUGUCCUGUCUUCACGGAAACUUUCAAGUUUUCCAGGGUGGAACAGGAGGCCCUGGGGGACUACGCCGUUCGCUUCCGCCUGUACAGCAUCAGGCGGAUGAAAAAAGAGAAGGUCCUGGGAGAGAAGGUGUUCUACCUGACUAAGCUCAACCUUCAGGGCAAGAUCGCUCUACCUGUCACCCUGGAGCCGGGCUCUGAACUUACCGGUUGCGGCUCUCUGGUGAGUGUGUCUCGCAGCGCAGGAGCUCUGUCCUACCGCUCCACUGAAGACUCAUCCUUGCCAGAGAUCCUCCUGGGUCUCAUUUACAACUCUGCCACGGGACAGUUAUCUGCUGAGGUCAUCCAGGGAAGCCACUUCAAAACCACAGCGUCCGAUAAACCCGUCAAUGGUCUGUUCUGUUGUAUAAAGCACUUUGUUGGGGGGCAGCUUUAUAUUAUGAGAGACACCUACGUGAAGCUGACUAUGCUGGACUCCAAAGGGAAAGAGAUGUCCAAGUGCAAGACGGCCGUAUGCCGCGGCCAGCCCAACCCCACCUACAAGGAGACGUUCGUGUUCCAGGUGGCGCUCUUCCAGCUGUCCGAGGUGUCGCUGGUGCUGACGGUGUUCUGCCGCCGGAGCAGCAUGAGGCCCAGGGAGAGGCUGGGCUGGGUCUCCCUGGGCCUCAACAGCUCCAGCGAGGAGCAGCAGGCCCACUGGACAGAGAUGAAAGAGGCGGAGGGACAGCAGGUCUGCCACUGGCACACACUUACUGACACAUAGGAGGAAGAUUUAUGAAUACUGAACUUACUUAAACAGCAUUCCCCGGACAGUCAGAGUGUGAUGUGUGUGUGUGUGUGUGUGUGUGUGUGUGUGUGUGUGUGUGUGUGUGUGUGUGUGUGUGUGUGUGUGCGUGUGCUGCGUACAGGUGUGAGGACAGGCAUGGGUUCCCAGUCUUCACUGCCAGAGCUCCAGCUGCAGCCUCUUUAGUCUGGCAACGGCAGACUGAAAAUUAAUGACAUUAUAAUCACCGAACUAACCAAGAGCAGAAGGAUAUGGUUUGUUUUCCAGUAAUCCUGCCUACAGCAAGAUUUGCAUGUACACUGUUUACAGGACAAUGUUAAGACACUUGCGAACAUUUUUUUUCUGUCUCUGAAUCUUGGACCAAAGAGCUCGGUCCACGACUAAGCAGACUCCUCCCUGUUUCUUCUGGGCUUCUCUGGACUUCAGCUGCCACCAGCAUACCAGACAUUUCUCUAUCAGUCAUAGCCAUUGACAAAAGAGAAAGGCAAUGAAAAGACUGUUACAAAGAGCCUACAACAUGCUGCAACUAUGCCUACAAGCUAUGCUUUGUACAGUUUGUUUACAUGCACAUGACAUUAUGCAAAAGAUUCAUUCAUUCGUUUCCGCUUUUAUCUUUUUGGGAUUAUCAGUCAAAUGGUUUACCGGUUUUAUGGCUGUCUCUCUGGGCUAUGUGUUAUACAAAGACAGAUCUUUUUUUUUUUUCAUUGUGGUCUUGCAUAACUCAGUACACUAUGCAUCUGACACCACUUUAAACAAGAGGAAUGAAAUUCUGUCUCGCGCUCGCUGAGUCUCUUACAGAAUUGGACACAGCUCUGCAUGCCACUGGUAUCAAAGAGCAGCUUCCCCUUCCUGUGUAAUACAGAUUGAGCCUCUUUCACCAUUCAGCCUUCUGACAACUCAGCCAUGUUCAUUCAUGUAGAAACACGGUGCUUCCCGCUGAGGAGGAAUAUGCAAAAGCCUGCGCAGUCCAAUAAACCUGGUUGUUUCUGUGAGGCAGUGCGGCUGACAACCUCGGCUGUGUUGGCUGUAAAGUGAGUUGGAACGGCAAAAAAACAAAAUUACAGAAAAAAAGGUAAAUCAUAUUUUCUCAUUACAAGUGGAUGGAAGAUGUAUUAUUAAAUAAAGGCUAAAAUAAAUGAAAACACUGUCCAGAACUGUGAGAAAUCUGGUUCUACCUGUACGGUCCUCAUCUGGAACAAAGCCAAUAUUUAACCCUCAUCUGAGGAGAAAAACUAUGAGUCAGAAAAUCCCCCCAAAAAACUACACACCACACCCGUGUUUCAGUAAAAAAAAAACUCUAAAACACCCUCUCUUCCUCGCUCUCUCUCUGCUGGCUGAAGCUGAGGGGUGUGGGAUGCAUAUUUCUUUCUUGUCUCACUGAUGUCAGAGCUGAACCCCUCCUCUGGGUUUGGGGUGCUUAAACCACACCUCGUCUCUUCAGUUCUCCAGCAUGGCCAAAGUUCUACAAAAGUCAAAAUGUAUUCAUUAUAAAAUGAAUGAAAACCAGAUGUUUAACAUUCCAGACAGAUAAACAAUUGGCUUUUGGUUGCAGAAAGAGGGAAUAACAGCAACUAGUGGAUUUUAUUUAUUUUUUUUUUUUGGCUUGCAUUUUGGUAUAAGUACAAUUUGUGCAUAAACCAGCAUUAUAUAACCAUUGAAGGAAUAGUUCGACACAUUGGGAAAUACACUUGUUUGCUUCCCCCCAAUGCAACUUUCAUGUCUGUGUGUAUGAAGCUACUGACAGCAGCAGCUUGGCGUGAAGACAGUCCGUCUAACAAACACUGUUAAAGCUCACUCAUUAACACACUGUGUCUCAUUUGUUCUUUUACAUUUCACUUGUUGUGCAAAUGAAAUUCUUUAUUGUUAUAUGGGGGUUAUGGACUAGUUAUUGGUUGGGACCAGAUGGGACCAGUAACUUCCUGAAAUCUCUGCUGGUUGCCUAGCAACCGGUCAUGUCCAGGAAACAGACCGGCCCAUAAGUCCCUGUAAAACCGCAAAUUGCUUUGGAUAAAUGAAACACACGAGAUGUAUAACAUGUUGAUGAGUGAGCUUUAGAGGUGCUGGUAGGUAGUUUUGCUUCCUUUGGAUGGAACCAGACCAGCCAUUUCCCCUUAUUUUAAGUCUUAAUGUUAAGCUACCUAGUUAGCCGCAGCUGCAUUUUUACCCUACAGACAUGAGUUGUAUUAAAUUAGCUAACUUGCUAAGAAAGCAAAUAAGCCUAUUUCUCAAAAGGUCCAACAAUUCCCUUAAAGUUCUGAUUGAUUGUUAUUAUUUUAAGGCAUCAUCAUAUCGUCAAAGUGCAGGAAUGUGGGGAAAAAAAGAAUGAGGCCGUAAGUCAGAAAAUGUUUUAACAAUGUUGAGAGUUUUUAUUUCCAUUUAUCUGGCCUUCAAUGGUUUGUUUGAUGCUGUCAUCAGUCUGGUACAGCUCAAGCAGCGUUGCAAGUGGCUGGAGCCUCGCCCACAGUUGCGGCUCAGCCCCAGGAGCACAGAGUUUCACAACAACUUACACCUAGCAGAGCGACUGCGGCCUUCCAACAAAGUGUAUUCUGCUCUAGGCCAUGGAAAACCAGCUGUGCCACGGACCAUAGAGGGGGGGGAGCCAGGCACUGGAGGUAUGGGAGGUUCCAAAAUACCAGCCAACCCCAUCCAACACUAUGCCCCGAGGACAGGUUGAUAGUCAGUCAGGUAAUUACGAGGCCCUUGGAGCGCCAAUAGAAGUGUUCAGAUGUGACGAGGCGGGUUAGGAGCCAGGCCUGGGUUUUUCAAGUCUGCUGCAGCAGAAGAGUCAAUUUGAAUUUGUUUUAGCUAUGUUGCCAUUUUACACCAGAGUAAUUAGGAAUCUGGCUCUUCCUUUAUCCCUUUUAGCGAAACAUGCCCAAUCAAAUAUUUUUAUAUUGCACUGGAGGGGGCAGAGAGUAGUAGCAGCCACCUGGAGCAGGUCGGGAUUUGGCUUCAAAAGAUACUUUACUGCGCGUCCAGUGAUUGCUGCAGAGGCUCAGUUUAUGACAUUCUACUACAACUCAACCUUUCUGAGAACCAGGUCAUCUCGCCAUCUAUAAAACACAUUUGCCUGCCUGAGUGCUGCUCUCAGGUCAGUUAACUUCCCCCUCAAGCGUUCAGUGGCACAAGCUAGUUUUCCUUGGCAAUGAAAUAAGCAGAAGGCUCAAUCAAGUUGGGAUCUCUUUGUGAUUAGGAAUAAUAAAGUACAAUGUCUUGUCAUUUUAUUGAAUGUGUCAUUAUCAGUUUAAAAAAAAUCUUUUUUAAUAAUAUAUUCAAUAAAUAUACAGGAACCAUG